AUGAACCGGAGACUAUCCGGUAUCAGACUUCAACCAGAAAUUAUUCUGUUUGUAAACAGUGCUUGGACAAUGCAUUCAUGUCGACAAUUAUUAUGUAGUUCUGCACGCUGGAAGAGUGCUCUACCAAUACACUUGAAAACACCCGUGUUAACAUUGAAACCUGAUCAGGGUGUAGUUCAAGAAUGUCGUCAAUAUUCAGCACGGAAAGGUUUCUUUUCCUCAAUCCUGGAAAACAUAAAAGAAGAUAUAGCCAAAAAUAAGGAAAUGAAGGAAAAUAUCAAAAAAUUCAGGGAGGAGGCUCAGAAACUUGAAAACUCAGAUGCAUUACAAGCAGCGAGGAAAAAGUUUCUUGCCGUUGAAUCAGAGGCAUCAAAAGGUUCGGAAGUGUUGAAAGAAACUAUCGAAGGCAUUAAGGGGAAGGUGGAGCAUGUUAUAGAGGAAGCCAGCAAAACUGAGAUAGCUAAAAGGGCGGGAAAAAUAACAGAGGACAUCUCAAAAACUGCAAAAGAUGCUGCGGAGUCUUUAGCUGAUAAGAGUCAAAAACUUGGUCAGACAUCGGCCUUUAAAACAAUAUCUCAGGCUACAGAGGUAGUUAAAAAUGAAAUGGCUCCUAAAGGAUUAGAAGGAAGAGUUUACACUUCACCGGCGACGUUACGGAAAAGACUUGAGGUUGCAGCUACCGAGCGUACGUUUGAGGCUGACCCCAACGCUACCGGCCUGGAGUUACACAAGGAUUCAAAAUUUUAUCAACAGUGGCAGGACUUUAGAGACAAUAAUCAGUACGUCAACAAGGUACUGGAUUGGAAAAUAAAAUACGAGGAAUCAGAAAAUCCUGUGUUCAAAGCGUCGAGGUUCGUGACGGAGAAGGUCAGCAGCUUGUUUGGGAACCUGUUCGAGAAGACGGAACUAUCACACACACUCACCGAGAUCUGCAAGAUAGAUCCUAACUUCACUUCACAGAAGUUUCUAGAAGACUGCGCAAACGAUAUCAUACCGAACAUUCUAGAAGCUAUGGUGAGAGGAGACAUGGAUAUAUUAAAGGAUUGGUGCUACGAGGGAGUCUUCAACAUAUUAUCAACGCCCAUCAAGCAGUGCAGACAGUUAGGAUAUAAAUUGGACUCAAAGAUACUAGACAUCGAAAAUAUAGAGCUAGUGAUGGGAAAAAUGAUGGACCAGGGACCCGUGCUAGUCAUCACCUUCCAGUCGCAGCAGAUGAUGUGCGUGAGGGACGCCAAGAACAACGUAGUGGAGGGUGACCCCAACAAGGUGAUGAGGGUCAACUACGUGUGGGUGUUGUGUCGCGACCCCCAAGAGAUGAACCCCAAGGCCGCCUGGAGGCUGCUCGAGCUGUCCGCCAACAGCGUCGAGCAGCUCAUAUAG